AUGGACAUUGCUCAGCUUAACAAUCCUGUCGCUCAAGACUCCGCCGUUGACUAUAGCGAACUGUACGAAGAUUUGCUUACCAAAUAUGCCAAGGUGCAUUCUGAUGCACAGAAGCUCAAAAACAAAGAAAUACGAACGAACAGGCUGAUCAAGUAUCUUGAACUUCGAAACAGUAUGCUUGUCCAGCUCUUGAUGCGCGCCGAAUCGCUAAGAUUGAAUGGAACCCAAUCAAAAAUGUCCGGCAAUCAGGAACAGGAAAUCCUGCAGUCCGUUCUGUCCCAAAAGCCAUAUCUACAGAACAUCCUUCAACCGUUAACACAAAACACAGGGGAUUUAGAUUCUCUCGAGCUCUCGCAAUUUUACGAAUUGCUAGAAAAAAACCCCAACUCGUCCGUUUUGAACAACGAUCUUGAAUCAGUACUAGAUCUUGACGACGGCGCUGAUAGAAAAAGAAAACUGGAACCAGCUACAGACAUCUCAUAA